AUGGAUUUGUUUAAAAAUGAUUGGGUUCGAUGUUGGAGUCGAACACGAACCGAACGAGAACCGAGAACAUUAGGUGCUAUGUUGCCAGUUGCCAUUUUAACAUUCAUUACGAGUUCGGAAGUAGUCGGGUGCAGACGUCAAUCAUAUUUCGGGGUGCCCUUAUCGGGGCAGAGAGGACAUACUGUCGAGUCCUUCAAAGAGGCAGUAAACAAAGACAGGAGGGUCUCUGGAGGAGCCCCUACGAUGAACCCCAGCAAUCAUGGAACCACGAUGCGCAGGACAUUCUGUUAUUCGCCCCGUUCGAGACCGCGCACCACAAUGCUGUAUGCACUUCCGCCGAGUUCGAACAAUUUAAACGGGGGCGGAAACAUGUGGGGCGGAGGACCCAACGGAAACGGGGGCUCCGGCAGCGGAGCCAUCGGGAGGAACUAUUCGGCGGCCAAUAACAGGACUUCACCGACUUUCCAAAAUCGUGGUUCAGGUGCUACACAAGGCAUGCCAUCAGGAGCUAAUCGUUCGAUGCCUCAAGGUGGGAGCAUCAGUUCGAUGGGAAACAGGAACCAGAAUUCGAAUAGAAGCAAUCGGAUGCAGAACUGGUUCAAGGAAUACAGUGAAUAUGAACAAUGUUUUAAUGAGGGCAACGGCAGCGACCGCAACAGCCCCAAAGACCAAACCUACCCCAAACCGUUGUCGUCCCGCAGCGUAGGGCAGGUUUUCUCUUUUGGACCAGAAAUGCCCUCCGACCAGAACGGCGACAGAAGGAACAGCAUAUCGGGGCCCCAGGACAGACCCAGUAUGAGAAACGGUCCCAAUAUGAUGGGACCCAGAGGUGUUCAGGAUGGGCCGAUGCAGAGAGGGAAUAGAGAUUUUAGAAAUAUGAGCAGCUCGGGAAUGGGCAGCUCUUCAAGGUCUGAUAUGAUGGAUCGAGGAGGAGAUUAUCAAUCUUAUUGGAAUGGUAGAGAUAAUAUGAUAUCGCCUGGGUUGCCCCAGGAUGGUGCAUGGUCCAUGGAAGUGGAACAUUCUGUUAAACAUGGAUCAGGCAGUUCAAAUAACUCAGCAAGCAUUUCACCAAACAACAGCGGAUCACCAAACAGUCCAGGUAGCAACAGCCCCCAUUCCUCCCAAGACAAUUCCUCAAGCAGUCCAUCUCGCAAGCGCAGAAGGCUAGUCUCCACAAGAUCUCUUCGGAUAAGAGACGAUGGGCCUAGGGAAAAUGCGACACCUUCCAGUUCUUCAAUGAACAAUCCAUCUCAGGGGAGCUGGAAUGACCAGGGGCCACUCCUACAUCCUCCUCCGCUUGUUAGACAACGCCGAAGCCCUAGACAUCAUUUGUCUUCGAAUAAUAACAACCCGGUUGGUAAUAAUGGACUGAUUAAUGGACACCAGAAUGGUAAUGGUAAUGGACCUCCGCAUAUGCAGAGCAGUCCACCGCCUUUGAGAAGAGCCAGAUAUCGUGAUCGCAACAGUUGGCCUGAAGGAAUUACACCUCUGUUCCAGACAACAGCUCCUUCGACACAUCAACCAUCUCUGGUAGUUGAUAUAAAUGUGCCAGUUAGUUUGCCAUUGACUGCAGAUCAUAUUUGGUCAUAUCCUCCAAGACCACACAUAUCUCUAUGUUCAAAUGGACAUCCACCACAUUUGCAACCUUGUCAGGUACAUGGUAUAUACCAUGCACAAUACCCGACUAGUUGUCAACUGGGGCUGACGCAGUUUGCACCAGCACCUGGUGCCAUUGCAGUACCACAGUAUCAUCAACACAUUCCUACGAGAUCUGAUGGAGCGAUAGCAAUAGCAGAAUCUCUGGAGCAUCACCAGCAUCAUGGAGCAGGUGGCGGAGCACCUCGGGCUCCCCAAUUGUCUUCCUUGGCGCUUACUACACACUCCACAACUCCUCAAAUAGCACAGCUGUCACCUCCACCGCUGUUCAUUACUACUGAGUCUGCCCAACUAGAACUCUACCCGACGAUCCGCUCGCGUCGUGCGGCUCCCCCGAACGUAGGCCUUACCACUGCCCCUAAUGGGGGCGUAUGCUCCGUAGCCGCUAAUUCGGCUGCUGGCGGCGUCCUUCAGCAGCAGACUGCGAUGAGAAGGGCGCUCGCUCGUAUAAGGACACGCGUGGCGGUCGAGACUGCCAUCGACCUCCAUCAUCAUCAUCAGCAGCAACAGCAGCAUUGGCACCAGCAUCAGGCGCAUCAGCAGCAGAUGCAGAAUGCCGCGCAGCAUCAGCAGGCCGCACAAGCGGCAGCCGCCCAAGCAGCAGCCCAGGCCGCCGCCCAGGCAGCAGCAGCAGCUCACGCCGCAGCCCACGCCGUCGCCGCCGUCCACCGCCACGGUCCUCCGAUCAGACGCCGCAUACAGCAGGUGACAGUGCACGCGCUGAACCGUCACGGGGCAACGGCCACCGCCACAGGUCAUCACCGGUUGCACCACCACCACCAUCACCAUCAUCAUCAUCACCAUCCGAAUGGAGGUGCCGGUGGUCACCAUCAUGGACCGCAGCAGCCGCCGUCGGUGGCGCAGCACGCGCAACCGCCACCACCACCGCCGCCGUAUUCGGGGAUACUGCUCAAUUUCCUUGCAAUGUUCCCCUUGUCGCCCUACGGUCCUCCAGAUGGUUCCGUACCCGGUUCAGGUGGUAUGCCAGGGUCGGUUGGGUCCCCAGAUUCAACAGAAACCGAGAAUUACGAGGCUCUAUUGUCUCUGGCAGAAAGACUCGGAGAGGCCAAGCCAAGGGGGCUCGCCAGACACGAAAUCGAACAGCUGCCCAGCUAUAAAUACGAUGCUGAUACACAUACAGGAGAUCAAACAUCCUGCGUGGUGUGCAUGUGUGAUUUUGAAGCUAGACAGGUGCUUCGAGUUCUACCUUGUUCACACGAGUUCCACACAAAAUGUGUUGAUAAAUGGCUCAGGUCAAAUCGUACCUGUCCCAUAUGCAGAGGCAACGCUUCUGAAUACUUCAACAGCAGUGAGUGAAUUAAAAACAAAUAUUAAAUAAAUUACACACAUUUGCAAAAGAUGAAAUUAUAUUUAAAUAAAAAUUUCAUCUUUUCGACCUAUACACAAGAAAAAUAUAAAUAAUAACCCUCUUCCUGAUGCGCGCCUAAAAAUUAAAUAUAUACAUAUAUAAAAAAAUAUAUUAAUAAAUAUUGAACACAUGAAACCAGUUUCGAUGUGUUUCUUUUCC